GUGUGUGUGUGUGUGUGUGUGUGUGUUGGGGAUGGGGGCAGGGAAGCCGUAGGGUGUGGUGACCUUGUGUCCUGAGCGUGUUGUCAUAAACAGGGGGACAAGUUGGUGUUUCCAAUGCCAGAAUUUAUCGAAUAAUUAAUAAUUCACAAGUCAUGUGUAUUUCGUUAAUAUUUAGUCAAGUGUUCCAGAUUUUGCUAACCAGCCAUUGGCAGUCACGGGUUUUUACAUAACAAUCUAAUUACUAACAUUAACUGGCAGGUCACAUAUGAACAUUUCACACAAGAACAUACAAAUGUGCAGGUCGUAGAAUGACUAAGAGCUAAAGUGGUUGAGAUUAGAGUCUGUUCUGAGUAGGAGGCAAAGAAGAAUCUCAAGGGAACCAAAAAUGAUGUCCUAGCAGUGUAGGCACAGAAAUGUCAAGUAUACGUGCACCGAGCGUGCAGUAAAUUUGAAGUUGGCUGAAUGACCUGGGCAGGAGAAACCGCACUGGAGCUGGUGUCCAAGGACUGACUCGGUUCUUCCCUGUGGGUGUCUGACAGGUGCCUGCCAACUUUAGUCUUGGGAUGCUCUUUCAUUGUGCCAGGAGUCAGUGGCCUUUGAGGAUGUGGCUGUGAACUUCUCCCUGGAGGAGUGGGCUAUGCUGAAUCCAAACCAGAAGAACCUCUACAAAGAUGUGAUGCAGGAAACCUUGAGGAACCUGGCUUCUAUAGGAAGCAGUUUGGAGCACCAUAUCAUUGAAAAUAUAUACCGAAAUUCCUGGAGAAAACUAAGUGGUCAAGUGGUGGAGGGGCUCUAUGACUGUAAAGAUGACCAUCAGUGUGCAGAAAUCUUCGACUUCACUACACACAGUAUUGUAAACCAGAACUCCUUACAAGGAGUGCACAUAUGUGAAAACAGUGGGUGUGCAACAGUAGUCAUUGGCCAUUUGUCUCUGAGUGUGCUCCUUAAGCCUGACACAGAGCGUGCGUCAUACGAAGAGGACUACGGAAAGGAAUUGUACAGUUCAGAGCAACUUGGGGCAGCCUCCAAUUCUCUCACAUCAUUUGAGAACUAUGAAAAUACUUACACUCUACAGAGACUGUAUAAAACUGAGCAAUGUGAUGAAGACUAUCGAUAUGGUCAAAAUGUUGAAAAGACUUUCAAUGAAGACAAGCCCUUUGAGUGUAAGCAGUGUGGGAAAUGUUUCAGUUCCUCCAGGUACUUUCGAAGGCAUGAACGACGUCAUCGUGCUAAGAAAUGCUAUAUCUGUAAACAGUGUGGGAAAGCUUUUGCUUUUCCCACCUACCUACAAACACAUGAAAGAAUUCACACCGGGGAGAAGCCCUAUGUGUGCUUGCAGUGCGGGAAAACCUUUGCUCAUUCUCGUUCCCUUAAAACACAUAAAAGAACUCACUCUGUUAGGGACCUCUUUGUGUGCAAUUACUGUGGGAAAACCUUACGUCAUUACAGUUCUCUUCAAAUUCAUACAAGAAUUCACACAGGAGAGAAACCUUACGUGUGUAAACCAUGUGGCAAAGCCUUCAUUACUUAUCGUUCCUUUCGAAUACAUGAAAGAAUUCACACUGGAGAAACACCGUAUGAAUGUAAGCAGUGUGGAAACACUUUCAUGCGUUGGAUUCAAUUACGAAAACAUGAAAUCAUUCACAGUGGUGUGAAACCCUAUGCUUGUAAGCUAUGUGGAAAAAGCUUCACUUGUUCUGGGUCCCUGAGGACACAUGAAAGAAUUCACACUGGGGAGAGACCCUAUGUGUGUGACCAGUGUGGUUAUAGCUUUACUCGGUUGAAUUCGCUUUUGAGACAUAAAAUAACCCACACUGGUGAGAAGCCCUAUGUGUGUAAUCAUUGUGGGAAAACUUUUCCUCGCUCUGCUUCCCUUCAGAGACAUGUCAAAAUUCACACCGAGGAGAAACCUUAUGUAUGCAAGCAGUGUGGGGUUGCCUUUGCUAGCUCUACUGACCUUUUAGAACACGAGCAAACUCACAUUGAUGAAAAACCUUACAUCUGUGAGCAAUGUGGGAAUGCCUUCGUGCUGUGGAGUCAAUUUCAGAAGCAUAAAGCACUUCACGCUGUCCCGGUUUCCUACGUGUGUAAGCAGUGUGGGAAGAGCUUCACUUCUUCGAGGUCACUGAAGACACACGAGAGAAUCCACACUGGCGAGAAGCCCUAUGAGUGUAAGCAGUGUGGGAAAACCUUCCUGUGGUCUUAUUCCCUUCAGAGACAUGAAAAAACUCACACUGAUGGGAAGCUCCAUGUGUGCAAACAGUGUGGGGAAACUUUCCCUUAUGACAGUCAUCUGCAGGUGCAUGAAAAACUGCACUUUGACGAUGAGCCUUUCAAUUGUAAGUACUGUGGGAAACCCUUCUUCACGUUGAACCAUUUACAUAGACAUGAAUUACUUCACACUACCCUGGAUUCCAGUGUUUUUUAGUAAUGUGAGAUUUUUUUUUUUUUUUUUUUUUUUUUUUUGUGCUCGGUGGCUUUCAUAGAAAAAGCAAAAUGAUACUGGAAAAAGACUGGAUUUGUGUUAGCAAUGUAGAAAAACCUUUUGGUUUGUUUCAUUGAAACACAUGAGAUGUCACGUUGAGAAGAAAUCUUUUUUAAAAAAAAUAAUGAAAUAUACAAAUAGUUUUUGAGCUUAUAGCUCCUUGAAGUACAUCAAAGAGAAAUGGGCCUGUGGCUACACGCAGUAUGGUAAAGCCUUGUGCAGUCCCAGAUCUUGGAGGAGACAGAAGAAAACUCACGCUGUAUAGAGACUUUAUGUAUGUGUAUGCGGUGUUGUAGAAAAGCUCUUCUCUGCUUCCCUAUUCCCUCUGAAUACUUGGAAGGAGUCACUGUGGAGAGAAACCCUUCAUGUAUAGGCAAUCUUGGAUAGUCUUGGGUUAUCACAUCCUCUUAUAGACAUGAAAGAACCUACUGUAGGGAAACCUUAAAAACAGGAUUUGUGAACUCUCAUCAGCUUCAUAGAACUCACAAGAAUGUACAUGGGGAGAAUUCCUAUCAGGACAAACCUAUAUGAACACCAUUUGGUUCAGUGAACACACAAGGAAAGAACUUGAUACGGAGCGCUAAUCUUCUCAGAAGAGAUGUUCACGGUUUCAUUUGGCACAGAUGGAAACGCAUACCAGAUGAAAACCUUUGCUGUUGAAAAACAUUGAAAAAUCUAGAGCAGUAGCGAAUAAAGGAAAAGUCCUUUGAAUUUUUUUAUGUUUAAUCUGAUAAAUGUCAGUAUUAUGAAGGACUGGACACAUUAUUAUUAUUUUUUGUAGCAUGAUCCAGGAAAUGCAUACUCUGAAGAGAAUGUUAUCAGUAUAGUAUUUGUAUUUAUUGAAAAAUUUCAGGGGCUUAUAGGGAUGAGUUAGCCUUUAAGAGCAUUUGCUUCACAGCACCAUGUCACGGAGCUCACAACUGCACGUGACUCAGUUACAGGAGAUCAAUUCCUCCCUCACACACUUGUACACAUAAAAAUAAAACUUAAAUAUUUUUCUAGUUUUUUUUCCCCCUAGAAAAGCUUUGUUGUGUAUCCCAGGUUGACAGGAAACUGUUAAUCUUCCAGCUUGUAGCUUUUGAAUGUUUAAAAUGAAAUGCGUGCUUCCACACUCACUGUCAUUAGCUCCUGUUUAAGAGUCCAUCUCUUGCCUUGUCUUUAAAUUUACUCUACAGAAGCAAGCAGUAAGCAGAGCAUUGAGUAAUGUGGAAUGGCAGCUUAAACGCAUGAACUGCAAACCAGUAAGACCUACAUAUGAAAAAAGCUGACAGGAAUAGAAAGUACAUUUUACAUUUGUGAGAUUCCUUAAAGUAAUCACGUGUUAAUUUAAUGAGUGAGGUCUUUUUGUAUCAAAUAAGGUAGAUGCUUCUCAUUGUAAAUUAUGUUGGAUUCAUUGGUGAAUUGAUAUUUGAAGUUUGCCAUUCCACAUAAACAUUUUUAAAAAGCAUUUAGUAUUUGUGUGCGAGCAUGUAAGCAUAUGUCGACAUAUGCCCAUGGAGGCUAGAAUGCUUUGGAGAUGCAUUGCAGACAUUGUGACAUGUUUGAUGUGUGUCAUGGGAUGGAAAUCCUAGUCUUCAUGAUUGAACAGUAAGUAUUCUUAACUGCUCAUCCGUCCCUCAAGCCCCUGCAUAAAUGUCUUGUUUUUCAAUCAUGUUUAAUGGUAGUUAAAGAAAAUGGCUUUGUGAAUAUUGGAAUAGUCUUGUUGGUUUUAUUUGGCUGAUUAUAAGCAUUUUGUGUAUACGCUCAUUUUUCAUGAAAAAAAAUGUGUGCGUGGAUGAGUGUGCAUUGGGGGGCAUUGUUUGUGUGUUGCUGGUAUGGUUGGUGGUGCUCACAAAGUGAACAAAGUAAUAUAUUGGGUAUCUUGCUCUAUCACUCUGUCCCCUCACAACAGGGUCUCACUGAGCCUGGAGCUGGGCAGGCAGCCGGCAGAAGCAUUUCUUUACUCUUGUUGAGUAUAGAGACACUGUAGAAGUUGGAUCUGGUUCUUCCUUUCAGCCUCAUGUUCCCAGAAAUAAGACUCAAAAUAUAUUUUCAAAUACCUUAGCCAUAUUGCUAAGCUCUUUUCUGACUAGAUCGUAAGUAAAGACAACCCUUUUCUUUUAAUCUAACAUUCUGCUAUGUGGCUGGUUACCUGUGCUGAGGUACCUUGCGCCUGUCUAGUCACAUUUUCCUGGGCAAAUCUGCUUCUGGCUCUAUCCCAGAAUCUUUUCUGCCUCCUGAUGUCCCACCUUCCAUUUCCUGUCUAAACUAUAGGCCAUGGGCUUUUUAAUUGACCGGUACAAUACUGAAGAUAUUUUCUCUAGAGAUGUACUCAGUCAUUCCCAGGGAAUGAAACUUGAUUCCUCAUGAUUGCACAGCAAGUGGGCUCCCCACUCAGCCACCUCCUCAGAACUAAGCCAGUUUUAAACUGAUUUUGUCUCUUUUGUCUAUGUUGCUCUCUGAUGUGUUCUCACAAUCCUGAGUAUGUGUUCUUUUUGCUUUGAAGUAUUUUCAAAAUAGUUUUAGAAUAGCAAAUGUUAGGGUUGAUUUUGUUUUUCCUAUUCAGAAGGUAGGUAUAAGUAUAUUGUAAUCAUAGGUCAGACCAUUCUCCAAGUUGGCUUAUUUCUUACUUUUGAGAGUGUCAUAUACAUAUACAAUAAAAGAUAACCAUGUGUAUCCACUGCUUUCUCCUUCCAGCCCUCCCUAUUUCUCCCCCACCCCCACUUAACUGUCUUUAACAAUAACCUACUAGUCUAGUUAGUGUAACUCAUACAUGCACGAGUAUGGAGCAUCCACUAGAGGAUGGGUGACCUGCCAGUAUUUACAUCUCCACAAGUGAUUCUCCGUCCCCAUGUUCACUGUCAGUAGCUUCUCAGUAAGGGACAUGCUGGGAUUUGGCUUACAGUGUAAUCUUACAAUGUAGGGCUUGUGCAUGCAGUCACCUUUGCUGAGUUCAGGGUUACUGUACUCACGUCAGACACAAGCAGCAGAAACCCCCAGCAUUUCACGGCACUCCUCCUUCCCUCUGGCUCUUCUAUUCUUGUUGCUUUUUCUUUGAUUUUUCGCUGAGCUUUGCUGAUGGCGGAGAUUAAUAUAGCUGUCUCAUUUAGAGGUGAACAUUCAGUCUCUUUCGUAGCCCUUUGACCAGUUGUGCACCACUCCAUUGACAGCUGUCCACUAUAAAAAGAAGCUUUUCUGACCAAAGUUGAGAGCAGUCACGUUCUCUUGGUGCCAAGAGCUGAAUGGAUGGCAGGAACUUAGUUUAUAGGGUGUUUUGUUUUGUUUUGUUUUUUCAGAUGGUGUCAUGCUUCAUGGCCUUGGCUAGCCUAAGUAGGCCAGAUUAUUGUCAACUUGUGCUUAAUUUUUAUUUAAGUCAUGAACUAUUAGUGUAUGUGUGUGUGUUUUAUGUAAUUUUACUGUGUAAAAUUUGCUUUUCAUGUGUAUUUCAUUUUCAUUGUAACUUCUCUAGUUAUUACACUAAGAGAUAUAUUGGUAGUACUGCCUUACUAAAACCAUGUGUUCAAUAAAUUUACUCUGUAUACAUGGUAAGUGAGUGGCUCAUCUAUAAAAGGAUUCUCCAUAUUGCUUCAGGCAAAACUAACGUUUUAAUUUGGAAGUCUUACAAGGAUUGGUUCUGUAGUUCAGUGUUCCCUGUGUUGGAUGCGCUGAGUGGUGACUAUAGUUCUGCUCUUCUAAUCACAACGGUUGUUAUCCAGAAGACUGAGUGCUGGAUUAAAGGGAGAUGGAAGUCGUGAGAUGUGCUAGUUAGUCCACCAGUGAGAAGAAGGUACUUUCCUAUUUCAUGAAUCAGAAUGUUUUACAGUUUUAACUUAAGGUGUCCUUUUAGAAUGCUUUUCUGUUGUAGUCAUUAAGGAACAUUGCUUACCGGUAGAGGCUUGGGACAAGGGAGAAGAUGUACCUUGCUUUGUGAGGUAAACAAUAGUGUUCUGGAUCGUUUUUGCAUUUCUUAGUUCCUAUAUAAACACUAAUAUUUACUAUAAUAUGAUGGAUGCACUCGUCCACAUAUAUAGGUGUGCCUAGAGUUUCCCUAACAUUACAUUAUGCUAAGUAAAGUGAGAAUACAAGAAAAGCACUUUACACUCAACGUAGUGGUCAUCACACCUUAGAUGUCUACAACAACAAUUUUGCCCACACUUAUGUUUUCCUUAAGUUGGAAAAAGGGGCUUUUUCUUUGUAUAGAACGUUUUUAUUUAAACCUUUUUUUAAAAAUUGUUAGCUUGUAUGCUGGCAAAGCUGUAGGUUUUCAGAUGACAUUGUGACCCAGGUUUCCAUGUACUUUAACCAUAAUCACUGUUUCUUGUUCUUUUUCUUCUCCCUAGUGGUUCUGUUCUCCCAAACAGACUCACUUAGAGGUUCAUUUCUCUAGUUAAAGUCUAGACUCUGCUCUGUAUAGAAGGAACACCAUUUGGAGAUGAGUCGUCACUUACAUAUUGUUCUCCAGUUUCCUGCUAAUAACAAACAGUUCUUGGUGACCUAGUCUAUAAAAAUUGAAAAAAAAUUAGUUUAUCUAUUGAUGGGCACUUAGGCUGAGAUGGGCACUUUGGCUGAUUCUAUAACCGAGUGCAGUGAAUUGUGUAGGAACCCAAGUACAAGUGUUUCUAGUAUACUCUGACUUAGUAUAUUGUAUACCAAACAAUAGUACAGCAGGAUCAUAAGAUAGUAUAUUUUGAUUUUUGAUGAAAUUCUAUUUUCUAGAGUGACCAUGCUAGUGCUCAUUUCCAAGAGCAGCUGUAAUAGGCUCACCAAUUUGUGUUGUAGUUUGGUUCCUUGAUAGCUAUUCACACUGGGGUAAUUGUAUUAAGAAUUUUCAUGUAUUUAUUAGUUAUUUGUACAUUGCUUGAGAAUAGAUUGUUUCUCUUUGUGUUGGUUCAGUUACUUGUUCACUUGUAAUUUUUGUUGCCUUGUACUGAUUUUUUCAUCACAUGUUUCAUGUACCUUAAGUUUUUAAGCUUGGGGUGUGUGUGUGUGUGUGUGUGUGUGUGUGUGUGUGUGUGUGUGAGCUUUUUGUCUGUAUGUUAAUCCUUCGUCAGAUGAAUGAGAGUCCAAAGAUAUUUUCCCCCACUCUAUGGCUUUCUCCAACAAUUGCUCCUUUUUCUUUAUAAGAGCUCUUUAACUUCUUACGAUGAUUAACUCCCAUUUAUACUUUGGGAAGUUUAUUUUGUUUGUUUUGUUUUUAACAUGGGUUCUUGCUUUGUAGGCCUGACUGGCCUGGAAUUUGCUGAAUGCAUGAGGCUAGCAUCUGAUUUACAGCAUUCUUCCUCUUUUUCUGGGUGUCAACAUUGUCGCCAUGAGCCUCUAAUGUCCAUUUCCUGUUUGUCGUGCCUCCUGUAAACUGUUAGAUUGAGAAUGCAUGGUCCUCUUGGUCUUUUGCUCCGCUCUUGCUCGUGCUCUUCCCUUCCUGCUUCCAUUCUCUCCCUGUUCCAUUUUCCCCCUCUUUCCAUGUGCUCAUGGCCAGCCUCUACUUUUCUAUUCCUCUUCUCUACUCCUCUCUCUCUCUGCCUUUCUCUACCCCAACUACCCUCUUAACUCCUCUCCCCAUGCCCUGAAUAAGCUCUAUUCUAUACUAAAAGAAAGUUUUAAAAAAAGAAUGCCACUGUCCACACCUAUAGCUUCAUGUAUUCUGUAGAUUUUCCUCUGAGUUUCAAGUUUUGUAGGCCUUACGUUAAGGUCUUUGGUAUAGUGUGUGUUGCUUUUAUACAGAAUGAUAGAGGAAUUUAGGGAUCUUCUUGUAUGUACAGUGUUGAUUUCCUCUUGAGGCCAUUUAUUAUCCUGUGCAUGAUUUGGAUACCUUUGCUGAAAUUAGAAGGUGUGACGACAUGGUUAUUCUGGUACUAUACCUGUCCAUUGCUCAGUGUGUCUGUUUUUAAGUUAUACUAUUUCACUCUGGUUUAGAGCAUAAUUUAAAUCGGUGUCGUAUUAGCUAGUAUUGCUCUUUUGCUCAGCAUUGCUUUAACUAUAUGGAAUAUUUUGGUUUUCAUUCAGUUACAGGAUUGUGUUUUCUAUUUCUGGAAAUAAUGACAUUGGAAUUUUGAGGGAGCAUGUGUGUUGGGUCUGAACACUUUACACCUUUUCAUAUUAUGGUGGUGAUGUGGGAGCAUAGGAAUGUUUUCCAUUUUCUAGAGCCUUCAAUUUCUCAGUGUUUUAAAUUGUCAUUAUGUAGUCAGCUUGACUUUUGUAGGUGAAUUUGACUUUUUGUCUUGUUACUUGUUUCUUAGACUUUUGGAAGAUGAUUUUUUUUUAAAUUAUUUUAUCACCAUUUUCAUUGUCAUAUAAAUGGAUACUGGUUUUUCUAUACUGACUUUAUUGUACUACUUUGAAGUAAUAAUUGGACGUAAGAGUCUUAGUGUGGCACUUUGGGUCUUUUAAGAAUAUGAACAGAGGAGCAGUCAAGAGCACUGGCUCCUCUCCUAGAGGACUGAGGCUUGAUUCCCAGCACCUAUAUGGCAUUUCACAACUGUAACUCCAGUUCCAAGGAAUCUAACACCCUCUUCUGAUCUCUGGGCACCAGACAUGCACAUGGUGCAUGGACAGACAUGCAGGCAAAACACUUAUACACAUGUAGUAAUAAGUUUAAUAAGAUUGUCAUAUUGUUCAUAAAUAGAGAUUUGGCUUCAUUUGACUUCUGUUUUCUUUCCUCAGUGCUCAGGGUUGAACCAAGGAGCUUAUGUUUGGUAGGCAAGUGGUGUACCACUGAACUGAAGCCAUAGAGUUCUAUCUCCAUUCUCUUCCUACAUUUUCCAGCUAAGAAUGCAAGAGAUGUCUAUGGCAAUGUAGAGAAGGUAGACACCUGGUGUAACUUCUGAUAGUUGAAGAGAUGCUUUUAGUUUUCCUGUUCAGUAUAAUCUUGGCUCUAGUUUUGUCAUGUGUAACAUCUCUUACAGUGAGGUGUCUUCCUAAUUUCAGGAUAUUUUCAUCAGGGAACAUAGAGCAUUGAUGUUUUCUCUGUGUAUUGAGGCUCUCAAUCCUUGAAUAUCUAUAUUCUCUACAUUUGCUAAUUGAUAUUUGUGGAAACAUGCUUAGAUGCAAAGAAUUCACCCCAUUAUAGUUGGUGAUGUUUUUAUUAUGUUGACUUGGUUUGAGAAUAUAAUCUUGAAAUUUUUUUUCUAUUUUCAUUCAGGAAAUUGUGUUACAGUUUUCUUUGUUGUUGAGCCCUUCAUGGUUUUGGCAUCAUGGUAAUCCUACUACCUUUUAAGAAUAACUUACUUAGUGUUUCUUCCCUUUAUAUUUAGUGAAAUCGUUUGGGAAGCUUGGUAGAAUUCAUUGGAGAAUUUGUCAAGUCCUGUGCUUUCCUUGUGGAGACAAUUCAUUUCUAGCUUAAGGAUGUUGUUGCCCUUUUACAUUGUUCACAUUCCCUUGACUUGUUUUUCCAUCUGUUUGUUUUGUUUUAUCAUUGAUUGAGAAUUUUAUACAUGUACAUAAUGCAUUUUGAUCGAGCCCACACACUCCCAUUCCUUUCUCUCUAAUUCUUCCAUCCUUCCCACCACUCAAGUUCUCAAUUUCAUCUGUUCUUUUAUUUUUAACCUACAGUCAGUCUCCUUAGUGCUUCCAGUAUAUACAUGGGCGCAGUGCUAUCUUCUGUGGCAUGAGUAGCCUCUCCCUGAACAAACCCACCUCUCUUUUACUCAGCAGUCAUCAAUUGCCAAUAACUACUCAGGAGUGGGCCUUUCUGCACACCUCUCACUUCCGUGCUGGGACAGUUGUCUGGCUUGAACUUGUGUAUGCCGUCACAGCUGUUGUCAGUUAGUAUGUGCAACUGUCCUGUUGUAUCGAGAACACACUGUUUGACUGUAAUAAUCCACUUUCUGGCUCUCGCAGUCCUUUGGCUUCCUAAUCCAUAAUAAUCCCUGGUCCUUUGAGAGAAGAAAUGUAUUGUAGGUAGAUGCUCCAUUUAGAGCUGAGCCCUUCAAAAUCUCUUACUCUCUGCAUGUUGACCCAUUGUGAGGCUCUUAAUUGCCAUCGACGUCAAAGACAACAAAGCCCAUCUUCUGUGACGAAGAUAAAUUUUCAAUGGGUAAAGAUACAUACCCUUUAACAGAAUAAUAGUAGAUUAGUAGAAAGUUCUCCACAUUAAUGCUGCCAGACUUGCGUUUUAUCUUGUGGAUUGUGUGAAAUGGGCCUGAAAUCCAGUCAAAAAGUGGUUGGUUAUUCUAACAUCCAUGCCAUGCUCAUGGCCAUGUCUUGUCAGACUGAUCUGUAAUUGUAGCUCAGAGGCUUCUCAGUCGGGUGAACUUGAUGUUAGGUCUUCUCCCCUGGUAGCAUGCACAGCAUCAUCUAGCACUAUGACAGCUAGCCAGAAGGAUGAAGCUUCUAGGGCAGUAUAAGCUAUGAUUUCCUAAUUGCUCUAUGACUUGAUGUGUGGUGUUUUCAGUAAUAAGGUCUUACUGUCAAGUUCUGUGUGGUAACCAAGAACAAUCGCAAUAGCCUAUGAUAUGUGGAGGGGGAGGCUUGUGAAACCUCCAACUUUGGCCUAAUUUUGAUAUUUCAUAUAUGUCUUGAAAUUCUUCACGAUUUUCCAGUUUAUUGUAUGUUUUCAAAGAAUCCUCAGAUCAUUCUCUGGAUUUCAUUUUCUAUGUAUUAUAAUCUCUCUCUUUUCUGCUCUAACUUUAUUCAUAUGAAUAAGUAUAUAAAAGAAAUCAUAAGAUAAUGAAGUACUUAAAUUUUUUAACUAUUAUGACGGCCUGAAAGUUGUGUGAGGAGCAGCUACAGGGUUGAAGUUUUUUGAGUGGUCACCCCUUCUCAGUGUACUUUUUGGUGAUGCAACUGACUUUGAGUCACCCUUAUUCCUGUAAGUAAUCCCUUAUUGAUACUCCUGUAAGUAAAUCUCAAUAAAAUCAUUGUUCUCCAACUUGA